CGCUGGGCCGGGUCCCUGCGCGGCUCCCGCCGGCCCGGGGCCGGUUCCGGGGCUGCCUGGCCGGGGCGCUGCUCGGGGACUGCCUGGGCGCCACCUUCGAGGGCAGGGAGGUGGUGGCGCUGCCCGAGCUGCUGCGCUUCCUCCGCGGCCUGGAGCCGCCGGGCCCGGCCGGGGGCAGCGGCGAGGAGGCGGAUGGCAAAGAAACGCUCUGCUACACAGAUGACACAGCCAUGGCCAGGUGUGUGGUGCGGUCCCUGCUAGCCAAGGGAGAGUUUGAUCAAGUUGAUAUGGCCAGGAGAUUUGCUGAGGAGCACAAGAAGGAGCCAGAUCGGGGCUAUGGGAUGGCAGUCGUCAAAGUGUUCAAGAAACUUCUGAGCCCCAAGUGCAGUGAUGUGUUUGAGCCAGCCCGAGUGCAGUUUAAUGGGAAAGGCUCCUACGGCAACGGUGGUGCUAUGAGGGUAGCAGGCGUUUCGCUGAUUUACCCUGAGGUUCAGGAUGUGAAGAAGUUUGCGAAGCUCAGUGCUGAGUUGACACAUGCCAACUCACUUGGCUAUAACGGAGCCAUCCUGCAGGCGCUGGCAGUGCACCUCGCCCUGCAGGGAGAGCUCAGUCGGGAAAGCUUCCUGGAGCAGCUGAUCGGCCACAUGGAGGAUGUGGAGGCAGAUGAUAAAUCUUUGGCUGAUGCGCGAGCGAUGGGUUUUGAAGAAUUACCAUUUUCAAGGCGUCUUAAGAAGAUCAAGGAAUUUUUGGAGCUUAGCACCGUUCCAAAGUCAGAUGUAUUGCUUGAGUUGGGCAAUGGCAUUGCUGCUCUGGAGUCUGUCCCCACUGCGAUUUACUCCUUCUUGCGCUCCAUGAAAUCCGACCCAGAUAUUCCCGAUCACUACAACAACCUACAGAGGGUCAUCAUCUACUGUAUCUCUCUGGGUGGAGACACAGAUACCAUAGCUACCAUGGCUGGAGCCAUUGCAGGAGCUUAUUAUGGGGAGGAGCAGGUACCCCCAUGCUGGGAGCAGAGCUGCGAAGCUUUUCAAGAGACAGAGAUGCUGGCAAAUAGCUUGCACGAACUCUACUGCCAACGACUUUGAGCCACAGAAGUGGUGUCUUGUGCCAACGUUAAAGCAAGUGGCUACCUCUGCCUCAUUGAUCAGAUCCAUAGCAAAUGGGUCCACCUUGUCUUUAAUGAUCUGUAACCUGUCCAAGCCCAGAAUGGCACUUGCUGUCAUGUGUCGCAUGGUAGAAGUGAGACUUGGACCUUGUUUUUCUGUUACAAUUGAUCUGGAGGGUGCUUGCACAGAGAGCUUUGGACGAUGGAAUCUGUUGUCCCACCAAAGCACAGAGGCAGUAUCUGGUUCUGAUGAGAUUUCUGCUUCUUACCAAGGCCUCUCCUCCUGUCAGUGUCUCAUUCUGUCAUACAACUUGUCCAAGCUUCAAGUGGGGUCUAAAUCCAGGAACCAGCUUCCUGUCAUCUGUUUCCAGAUUCCACAGACUUCCAUUCAGAUGUUCACAGCCUAACCUUCAGGAAGCACUUCGGUUGCGCCAUACCCAUAUUGCAAUUCUUUUGUCGUCUUUACUCUCUGCGUUACACCUGUGCCUGACUCCUUAAACUUUCCAUUGCCUUAUGCACCAGACUGCGACCUUCCGGAAUGCUGCUCUUGCUCUGGUUACUCUCUCUCCUCCCAGUGCCUAAUCUGUGCUGUGCUAUCCUUGCACCCCAUUCUGCACACCUGGUGUCCAAUGCAUGUGGCAAGGUCACUAGUAAACCAGUGGGAAGAGAUGUAGUAAAACCUAGUGGUACCUUAGGCCCAAAUCUUGGUCCCAUUGAAGUCAGUGACAAAAAUCCGAUUGACUUCAGCGGGAACAGGAUGCAACUUUAAUUGCUUUCAACCUCUACACCUGCUUGGGAUUGUCUAAAAGUGGACAGGAGGACGGUUUCAGUUGAGAAUUCACUUCUGUUAAGAAAGGGCUCAUGUACUAGGAGACCGUGCAAAUGGUAGAAGAUGUAUUAGAAAACAGUGUUCUGCAGUGGGAUGUUUAAAAACGUGCCCAGUCAAGCAGGCAGAGAGGAAAUAAUCUGAGUCUGUAUGCAAGCUGAGUUGUGGAAAUAAUGUGUUUUGAAAUGUCUAUAGUAAUUACAGAAAACAAAGAAAUAAAUACCAUCGUGUUUGCAGGCAGCUAUCGUAUGGAAAUGGGUAUAAAUCCGAAUAUUCCAAAGAUUUUACUAAAACUGGGAAGUGAACACAUUACUAAUAGGGGGCUUAUUUCCUGCUGAUGUCAGAAGAAAGUUAUUGUGUGUACAUAUGAACAGUCUGGUUGUAAUUGGGUUAUUCCUCACCUUUCCUGUACUUUGCUUCCCUAGAGUACCAGUCUAUUGCGUGAAGCUUUAAUGGAUUUUCCGUGUAUACACAUGACUAUUUGUCCUAUAAAUAUGUGGAAUUAUGGGUCCACUGUAUUUAUAGACUGUGCUGCAGAUCUGAGAAGUAAAACAUUAUAUCUUCAAGAGACUUUUCAAGGAAGACAUUUAAAAACAAAUUUUCUGUUUAAACUGAGCUUGUUUUUCUUUUGAAUGGAAAGAAGUUGUGGAGCUUGCACAGGUUAGCUGUUUAUAAAGUCUAGCUUUUCCUAAGCUAGGAUUGAAAUGUGUUUUUCUUAAAAGUAAUCCAAUCACUUAGGAUCAUUGAAGGAAAAUACAGGAACGGUGGCUAAUUAUCAAAGUAAAGGAGUUGUGUUGCAUAAAGCAGUCAUUAGCUUGGAGCCUUAUUUGACCUCAGCCUCUUUAGGAAGCAAACUAAAGUUUGGACGACUUGGACAAAGAGAUGUUCUUUAUACGUGCUUCUGGUAUGGAGCCUUUCCUAGCCGGGGUAGAAAUUCCUGGCCAUUCAACUGUAGCUGAACUUGGAACCCAGUAGGGAAAAUCUUUAUGCACAUUUGCGCAGACUAAUUGGACUGGAGCCUGUUCUCCAGUGGUGGUGUGUAGGGAUGGGAGUUUCCUGUGUGGAAACCUUGUGGAUCAGUGGCAGGCUCUUGAAGUGUUGCAGUGAAAAUGACAGCUCAGCUGCAGAAGGCCUUGGUCAUCUUCUGUGUCCUCUUUCACAGCUCUGCCAACCGGAUCCCGGUCUUUUUCCUGUGACCUUUGACGUUCAUGCAGAGCACAAUUCAUCUACUGGUAAAAAGCUCAGCGCGCUUCAGCCAGAGCAGAUGCUAGUCCCCUGGCAGCAUUUCCCAUAUGUCCAAACACCAGUGACCAUACAGGCUCCCAGCAAAGAAACUGCGCUCAGACUUGUGUAAUGCCUGUGAUGAUGAGUCAGUAACAUCACUGGAGCUAUGGUUGAUGGGCUGAGUAAGGGACUUGGUUUUCCUGUUGUGUUAAGGCACCAUUUAUAAAUCUGGCUCCAUUACUUCCCCAUCACCUUCCUGUCUGGGCUCCCCAUAUUCUUAUUGGAGCUUUCGAGGCUUCCCCAGCAUCAAAUUUCCUCUGCAGUCACCUCCUGCAAGCCUCAGUAUACUUGGCUGGAAAGUGCCCUGUGGGUGUCACCUGUAGUAAUUUGCCAAGCCCUGCUCCAGCUGGGUAGCUGCAGGAGACCAUUGGGUCUGUUGGCAGGAGCAGAAAGAUCUGUGCCCUCUCCUUGGGGUUCUUUGUUAUAAGAUUGCAGACAGCUUUGAAGUUUAGCACUGCUAGUUAUUCCAGUGCAGAGGGCAUUUAGCCUUUACCCUGUGUUAAGUGCAAAGGUGGUUGUGCUGACGCCAUCACAGUGUGGGGUUUGGGAAUGAUCCUGAUUGCGUUUUCCCAGAUCUUGCCUCAGCAGUUAUAACAGUUCUGAAAUUAACCCUGCUUCCAUCUCCCUUCAUGACUGAUUUUGGCCUUUACUGAGCAGCACUGGUGGGGGAGGGUGCACUGGGUGCAGAACUAGUCAUAAGUGUACUAAUGUGGUGAUAAUUUUACUAGACCAUAACUGCACUUUAAAUGCCAUCUUUGGGCUUUAUUGUAUGUAAUUCUAUUUAUAGUUUUACCCUCUACCUAUAUAUGUCCCUGUAUGGGGGCAGCCAGCCUCUUGUGAGGCUAAAUUGGAAGGGGAAUCAUAGGAAAGGCUUUAGGCUAUUUCCGC